GCCGCGCCGGACCCUCUCGGCCUCCCGCGACUGGCCGCCGCCGCCGGGACCGCUUGGAGGAUUUCUCUGUGUAGCCCUGGCUGUCCUGGAACUCCCUCUGUAGACCAGGCUAGCCUUGAACUCAGAGAUCAGCCUGCCUCUGCCUCUUAAGUGCCGGGAUUAAAGAACAGGAUAUGCAUUCCUCUGAGAAACCCUGGACAGCAGAUCUUGGUUUAAUAGUGGAUUGGAACAACACAGAGAGACAUUUGCAGUCAUGAGUUUGGACCAGGAUGUAGCCCUCAAACUUGCUCAGGAACGAGCUGAAAUAGUUGCUAAAUAUGACAGAGGACGGGAAGGUGCAGAGAUCGAGCCCUGGGAAGAUGCUGAUUAUCUUGUUUACAAAGUCACCGAUAGAUUCGGCUUUUUACAUGAGGAGGAGCUCCCGUAUCAUAAUGCAGCUGCGGAUCGGCAAAAGCAACUGGAAAUUGAAAGGACUUCCAAGUGGUUGAAAAUGCUGAAAAGAUGGGAGAGGUACAAGAACACGGAGAAGUUUCAUCGACGAAUUUACAAAGGAAUUCCACUCCAGCUCCGAGGUGAAGUCUGGGCUCUUCUUCUUGAGAUUCCUAAAAUGAAAGAAGAAACAAGAGACCUUUAUAGUAAAUUAAAACACAGAGCUCGGGGUUGUUCGCCUGAUAUCAGACAAAUAGACCUUGACGUGAACCGCACAUUUAGGGACCAUAUCAUGUUUAGAGACAGAUACGGUGUUAAGCAACAAUCCUUAUUCCAUGUUCUUGCUGCUUAUUCUAUCUAUAAUACGGAAGUCGGGUACUGCCAGGGGAUGAGCCAGAUCACAGCGCUGCUCCUUAUGUACAUGAACGAGGAGGAUGCCUUCUGGGCCCUGGUCAAGCUCUUCUCAGGCCCCAAGCAUGCUAUGCACGGUUUUUUUGUCCAUGGUUUUCCUAAACUCUUGAGAUUUCAAGAACAUCAUGAGAAAAUUCUGAACAAAUUUUUGUCCAAACUUAAGCAGCACUUGGAUUCUCAAGAAAUCUACACAAGUUUUUACACAAUGAAAUGGUUUUUUCAGUGUUUCCUUGACCGAACUCCCUUCAGGCUGAACCUCAGGAUAUGGGACAUCUACAUCUUUGAAGGAGAGCGAAUUCUUACUGCUAUGUCUUACACAAUCUUGAAACUACACAAAAAACAUCUAAUGAAGUUGUCUAUGGAAGAACUUGUAGAAUUUCUUCAGGAGACUCUCGCCAAGGAUUUUUUCUUCGAGGAUGAUUUUGUAAUAGAGCAACUUCAGGUUUCUAUGUCAGAACUAAAGCGGGCAAAGCUGGACCUCCCAGAACCUGGGAAGGAGGACGAGUACCCGAAGAAGCCCCUGGGCCAGCUUCCACCCGAGGCUGACUCUGCUUGUCUUAACCACUUGAGCAAUGGACAAAGAACUGUUGGCAGGCCUAGCCCCAAAAUAAGCAGCAGGAAAGAAGAUGGGUCACCUCACAAGAAACAUGAGCCCUCUCCUACACACCACAGCAGAAACAGCACCCCAGAAAGAGCCGGGCAGUCACGGCGGAAGUCCGUGGAUGUGGAUGAGGGUAGUAAAAAUCUGAAGCAUGAGGCAGAUUUUCAGAGAAAUACUUCAUCGGGUGCACAGGACAGUUCCAGGCACUACAACCACGCAGCUGCUAACCAAAAUAGUAAUGCAAUUUCAAACAUCAGGAAGGAAUUUAUGCCCAAAUGGAGAAAACCAUCUGACACCUCAGCUAUUGAAAGAACUGCUAAAUAUGCCAUUGAAGGCAGAAGUCACUCAGCGCUUCCCGUCACCGUCCCAAGCUCUGCUGAGACCCGAUUGUCAAACUCAAGGCAAAAGAUGAAGACUUUUGAUGGGGGUGACGGGAAGCGGGGUUCUAAUGCUUCCCAGUAUGACAAUGUGCCUGGGGGUGAGAAUGAACACAGUGUGUCUGCAGAAGAGGGCCCGGAGCGGACUCGCCCUCCCAGCCCGAGGAAGCGACCCGAGCCAAGUCCCAGCCCGCCGAAAGGACCCAACAAGUUUACGUUUAAAGUGCAGCCUCCCAGCCAUAUGCGAUGCCCACCCCAGGCAGAAGAGGGUGAUCACAGGGCGGCAUAUCCACCCUCCUACAGCAACCCCCCUGUCUACCGUGGAAACUCUCCAAAACGCGUCCCUGUUCCCCACAGCGGCUAUGUGUCCACACAGGUCAGCCUCAGACCUCGCGUUAGCCCAUCCCAGAGACCUUACGGGUCCUCUCUUUCAGUUGACACUUCUCCAGAGAAAGCCUAUGGCCGCCCAACUCCUGUUGUUCUGCCCUCGAGUCGAAUUGAAGUCCUUCCCAUUGACAUAGGUGCCAGAGCGUACGGCAGUUCGGGCUCACCAAAGAACGGGAAGUUCGUCCUCCCUCCAGUGGACUACUUGCCAGAGAACAGGAAGUGGUCAGAAGUCAGUUACACAUACAGACCGGAGACGCAUGCUCAGUCGUGGACUCAGGAUGCUAACCGUAGCCACUUAAGCAGUUUACCAAAAUAUGCAGCCUUCCAGCACAUACCUUUUCAGGACCACGGCCUUCCAGAAGUGUCUGUAGACAGUCCAGUGAGGUAUCAGACUUCACCAGCUGUGGAAGAUGCCAGUCCUCCCGGGUAUCCGUACGCAGGGCCCUCACCUUCAGCAUAUCACUACAGAAAUCGAGAGGGACUUUCUGUUCAAGAAUCAGUAUUGCUGUGAGAGUGUGGCUGUAUUCACUGACAACAAGAGAAUAGAAACCAUAUGAGGCCCGCAUUGCUAUGUUUAUAAUUGCCAGAGCAGUAUUUUUAUAUUGUAAACAAUUCGCGCAGCUCAGUGUGUCAGUAGCGAGCGUGUGGGAAUGCUCCGUCCUGGGCAGAGGCUGCUGAGGAAGGGCGAGCGAUCGAGCCUCCUGGCUGAGCCUGUAAUAGAGAAACCUGGAGACACAGCAGCGGCACUCAGGGCCGCACACAGCGAGCUCUCUGUGCUGUUCCCUCCAUGUCCCCCAUCCCCGCCCCAGACCUGUUCUGUCUGACUGCUGCUAGAAAGCACCAGACACCACAGGUCAGAUACUCUGAGGGCUGUCCCUCGCCUUUUAGUAGACGAGGCAAACACCUGUGCAUGGAUUUUAUUUUAUAAAACCACCUUUAAUCUAGAUCCGUGGAAUAACAGUGGGUUUUUUACCCCUUAUCUCUGCCCACCCUGCCCAGACAUACCGUAACCCAGGCUCUAAACUGAACCUGACUAGAGAUGACUCCAGUCCUUACAGGCUGUCCUUCUCCUCAGCUGCUGCCGUUUUACCUCCUCCUGGAGGUUUAAAGGCUGCAGAGAAAGGCUCGCCACCCAAUGGUGCCUAAAUGUGGGUCAGUUACCCGGAGUGGGCAGCUGCACAGCAGUCACUGUGUCCCUCAUGUCCAGGUGUCUCGGUGCUGCUGGCCCUGGGCUGUGGUCUGGCCACAGAGUGAGCUGACGUGGCUGUGCAGAGCCCUGGGCGGCAGCAGGCUGCCUUUCACAGUCCCUGGAAAGCAGCUUUAGCUGCACGGAAGGCUGCUGCCCACCCAGCUUCCGGUUCCCACCGGUCCGGGGACCGUUCACACAGGCUCUGCCUGGCACUCAGCCUACAGAGUAUGGGCGGAUACUGCUACACUUACCGGGCCAUUACAUUACCCAGCCAAAAUUGUGAAAAAUACCCUAGUGGUUAAUAAGGAUCUAGAAUUUUGAUCUUUGUUAAAGGGGGGGGCUGUUUCAUAGUUUUGAAAUUUUUUUCAGUGAAAAAUAAUUGAAGUUCAUGGUUUUUGUUUUGUUUUUUUAAAAGGUGAUUAUUCCUUUUAUGCUAUCACACACUACUGUCCCCAAGGCACUGGCAAAGUGCUGGGUUCUCCAAGAGCGAUGGCUGUGUCUCUGUGGAUUCUUGUCCACUAUUACCCUCUUGUAUCUGAAUAUCAGAAACCAGAAAGUCCAACAGUGGGGACUUAAGCUUUUGAGGUACAAGCUAUGUCUUCAUGAAAGUAACAUUGUUUAUCUAGCAAACGUGACAAUAUUUUUAUGUAUAUAAUGAUUCUAAUGUAAGUUAAUUAACGUGGUAAUGAUGUUAUUAAGUGUGGAAGCAAAUGCAGUAUAUUAAAGGUGAACACCACACUGAAACUCCCAACUCCUGACAGAAUAACCAGGCUCUUGAUUUAGAUCAUGUGGAAGGUGAGAAAUAAAUGUAUAUAGACACAUAGCCGAGGAUAUUAAUUUCAGUUCUUAAAGUAUGACUGUGUGACUUGUAAGGAAGCAAGCUGUACAGUUUAGUUCAUGAUGGCAGCCUCUAUGCCUCUUCAGAAAGUAUAUAUCAUAGUGGUAAAUAAUGUAGAUUAUAUAUAUAUAUAUGCAAUAUAUAUGGACACACUAUUUUCUUAUGUCGUCUAUGGCAUUUUUUUUAUCUGUAUACUUUUUGAUGUGAUUGUUUUAACAUGCUAAAAGUAAUCCGUGUAUUUGGUUCUGUGUCUUCUGUGUGCAGGUUCCCUGUGCCAUGCGCUGCAUUCCUGGGCAUGCAGGGCCCGGCAGAUGCGGCCCGUGUGCAGCGGCAGCAUUUGUACACUCGCUGCAGCAUUUACACACUUGCUGCUUGCACUUCUUCCAGUGAGGCCGUACUUAGACCGCACACCUCUCUUUGGCUUAAGGGUUACUAAUGACAGUCAAGUCUCCCCUCUAUAAGAUGUAUCUCUGUUAGCUUCAAGUGGGAAAUCUUAAUUUAAAAUUAUUUUGCCACUAUACAAUUUUAUUUUAAAUUUAUUUUUAAAUAAAAGAAAUGAUAAGAGAAAUAAUAUUGACAAGUGAUUCAAAAUCUAUUUAUAGCAAAUGUUUGCUGAGGCCACUCAAGGCAGAGCAGCAGCCGCGCUCCACCCCUGCACGCCCGCAGUGGGCUUGCCGUGGCUAAGGCUUCCCUCGUGGGAGCUUUGCCCACUUGUGUCAGAAGUAAGCAUUCAGGUGUGGUAUUGUAUGUUUCUUAGGAAGGGGUCCUGCUGAUCUUUACCUAACAACUUAAGGGUUUGGGUUUUUUUCUUUUGGUAGGGGAUUUGUUUGUUUUGUUUUGCUUUGCUUUGCUUUGUUUUGAUUUGAUUUGUUUUUAAUUAUCAAGUCUAACCCCAGACCACUUAAAUCCUAUCUUGGGUAAAACACAGGUAUCAGGGACGCAUACCCCCUUGUGUCCUAAUGCUGUCAUCUUGAAACUAAGAAAAAUACCCAAGUUGUCUUAUGUUUCUAUUGUGGGGUGUUUAAAAAUGGUUUGCUGUUGUUGAUGGUCUGCUUUCUGAAGACAGUCUUGCUCUAUAUUCCCACCUGACCUUACUGUGUACACAAGGCUAGCCUAGACCUUGAGGCGAUCCUCCCUCGGCCUCCAGAGUACUGAGAUUGCAGGCAUGCGGCUCCCAGCUUCCUCAGCACAGGGGUUUUGUGAUAGGAGUUUUGAUUGUCACCACUGGUGAACUAGCGUUUCAAAUUCUUCAUAGGUCAGAAGUUUUGGAGCUCAAAAAGGGAUAUCAGGCACGUUAGGACAAAGGCCACUGGCAACAACAUUGUCAGCGGUCCUCAUUUCGAGAUUUCUGCUGGUCACAGACGAAUGGCUUCGAGGAAGGAGGUACAGCCCUCUCACCCCUACGCUCACCCCACUCUUGCAAAGUAGACAGCCUUCAGACUGCCCGCCACCGGUGGUCUGCUGUUCAGCCCAGCUGUUCAACCCCUGAGUGAGGAGACCCUUCCCUGCUUCAUUAGCGUAGUCAGUGCUGAGCAGGUAGAACUCCGGGGACUGUUGCCACACUUGAGAACAUGAGAGGACCGUUUUGAGUCCACAGGUAAUCCUGAACAGGUGCCGUCCUCACGUCUUCCUGAGUCUCCUGAUGUGUGAGCACGGGACAGCUGACUGCGCUGAGCUAUAAUUUCAGGGUUCUGUGGGUUUGCUCUGUUUUCAUACUGUUUUGUUCUCUGUCAUCAGGGCUGCUUUCCACAGACCCUGAGCCUCAAAACCUGCUCUUCCAUUGAAGGAGAAGAAGAUUGGGGUUGGCUUACAUUUCUACAGUGUUAGGGGCGUUGGAGAAUUGGAGCCAACAUCCUAUCAAAAGAGUUCUUGAGUCAGUUUAGUUUAGUGUCAAAGCAGCUUCUGUUGGGGCGUGUGGGACUUGAGGACUGGGGGUGACAGGUUUCAUCAUCCAGUAGACAUUUGGUUAUCCAGAAAACAUUGGCUGGUAAUUUGCCAACAUAUGGGACCCAAAGUCCAUCCACAGUGAGUACAUUCCCCGGAGAUGUCCAAGCAGGCCAGUCACCCACAUGACAGAGUUACUCAUGAGAAAGGGCAGAGUGUUCUGUGCAUGUUAGUCAGGCUGUGUGGGCUGGAGGCUGUCAGGUCUGCCUGGUAGGGUGAGUUUGCUAUCCAAUAGUUGUAUGACUUUGGGCAAGUCCAGUCCCCUUCCUGGCCUCACUGUCCUUCGCUAUAACCUGGGCAUUUGAGAGGUGUGGGCAGAAGAGAAGACAGUCAUGAGCUGACUAUUUGAGUGACAGGAGUUAACAGUGAUAGUGGUUUGAUCUCUGUACCUGUGUCAGCUGCUGUUCUAACUCCUGGUAGGAACCGUGAUGUUACAAACUCUGCUCUUCCGGGAGCUUCUAUUCUGACCCACUUCCUUAUCUCUAAACUGAAGGUGUUGUUUGUUUGUUUGGAGUUAUCUUUGAUGUUUGGUUGGUUGGUUUUUGAUUGUUGCAUUUUUCCUGUUUCCUAGGAUUGAGUUUAUUGGUUUAAAAAGUGUUUGAUCAAUGUCAGGCACUAAUACUUGUUGUUAUCUGGAUUAUAUGUUGCAGCACUAGGCUGUAGUGGCCAGGAGGGAUAUUACCUUGUUCCCAUGAGGUUGAGAGUCUGGUGAGCAGCCCAGGGGCAAAGGCAGUCAGCUUGCAUGUGAUACAAGACAGGACAGGCAAAGCUGGUGUGACCUGAGGUAGUUGGGUUGGUGGCUCCCAGUGCAGCAGACCUGCCGGAGGUGGGGCUGCAAAGUCUGUUUGGAUUUGACCAGGGGAAUGCUUGCCGGCAUCCUGUCUCUCUAGAGCCAAAGUCAGAUCACAUGGUUUGCAAGCACAAACAGGAGGUGGUGGCAAGGCCUUUGAAGGUUUGGAUGAGAUGUGAUGCACACAGGAAGGACAGGGGACCCAGGGGACAGGGAGGAGGCGUGGUCUUUGGCGGAAGACAAUGCUAAGGAGGGAUCACUUUGCCUGCUGUGUUCUAUUGCCCCUUGCUUCCGGUCUAGGUCCCUUUUGUACUCAGAAGUAUUAAACACUGAUUAUUAUUAAACCUUC